AUUUCCACAAGAGAAAAAGAUGAGCCACCGGCUGUUGGAUUUUGCGAGGCUGUUAGGAGAAGGGUUCGUAUAGUUUGUAUCGGGCUUCAAUUGUUUCAUAGACCCUUGCACAAUAUGUCAUUUCGAAUCGGUUAUUUGCCUCUUCAGAUUUUGAAGUUACAACGGAUACUUGGCGAAGAAAGUCAAAACUCAUUCAAACGGCAGAUCGUUUUGGAUGCUGAAAAUAGUCACUUCAAAAGCGCAGAUCACACAUGUUAACCGCUACGAAGACGCAAACUUCGGUGAAGGUGAAUUUCUGUUAAAUUUGCUCACUGUAUUGAACGAACAGUGUUUAACAGUCUACAUUUCUUUGGCAGGGUUUGAAAUUAUUUCGGGGGGAUACUGGCUACAACAAGAAGUUACCUUCGUGAGCGGGUAAAAGGAGGUACGGCCAUUAAAAACGUCAUUCGUUACACUGUAUUCAAUUAGAGGUAAUGUAGAAAGCCAAACAUCCUAACGUUGACUCUCAUCUUAAAAGCGCAAUAUGAUAAUUCGGAUGUCUUCAUUAAUGUUCGCGCGCUGGGAAAGCAACGAUUAAAGACAGUAAGAUCCAUAUUUGUUCGUUAUCAUCUGCUGAGCAGCAGGCCUACUCACUUGUUUCCUGCGCCUUAGAGCCAAAGUAGGUAAACAUUUGUCUUGUGAUUGCUGCAGAAUGGCGACCUGACACAAACAUAUUUGUUUCCUUCCAAUUGCAGCUUGGUAUUGGGUAAAUUUGGUACACUUGCACUAAAGCUCAAGGACAUAGACAAUGAAGCAGAAGUAAUUGAAAAGGAAAAAUCUUGUAUUUUUCCUUGUUGUGAGAUUUCAACAAUCAAAUUUAAAUUUGAGCAAUAAAAGAUGUGUGUUAACCCGCGUCAAUCACUUUUGCCGUAAAAAAGACAACUGAGUUCGAAGAUUGGUGCAGGAAGCGCUUCAAUCUGAUCAAAAUAUGAUUUCUCCCACCUACGUUUCUGAGAUAACAAAUAAGUCACCCUGACGGUAAGGGGGCCUCAAUGAAUAAGACGAUUAAUUUAAAAUUAGAAACUGACCGGACAAUUUGCGAUCGGUGAUUGAUACCAGACAGCCACGCUUAUUUCUUCGCAUAUUGACCCAAAUAAAAAAAUUCGGCGAAACUAAACUAUCAUUUAGAAAAAAGUAAUAAACGACUGAUUAGCCGAACACGUAUUACGCGCUCAAUAAAACUAGGUUUAUACGAACACUGUUUACGCAAAACAAUUUGAUAACUAUAAAAUUUCCAAAUUGUCAACAUAUCAGACUACGACUAGGUACAUUGUGAUAGGCCAUAUGUAUAUAGUUGUCGUCAUUAAAAGGCGUCGGAAGCUAACGCGUACAGCACGCAAAGAAAAGGAAGAGAAGAAAGGCUCCAACAAUAAAAGACUGCGAGGUAGAACCUGAAUUGUCUCAAGUUAGACUACAGUCAAAUUUACAUAAAUACUAAUUUGGUAUGCAGAACUUAUACGAGGAAUAUGCUGAAUACCGCUAAAUUAUCUUGGGUACAUCGUCAUUGUUUUCUUCAGAAAAUAGACACCUAAUUAAGAACCUUAACAGCCAAAAUUUUUGCAAGUUAUGUUUACCUUACUUAAACGAUAGAUACCGCAAGGUAAUUCAGGUAUGAAUCGAAGUUAAGGUAUGAAGUUGAAAUUAACGUAAGAGCCUGGCUAUGAAGCGAUUCAGGAUUGGCUGGAGCAAAAGAAGCGGGCGAAAUGUAUUAGUGCCAACGGGUAGAGUGUCCGCACUGCACGUGACCGAAAAACUAAAGCCAACGGCGCACAGAAAAACACGUUACAAGAAGGACCAACACCGAGUGAAGCUUCGUUCUCUGAAACAGAAGUGCGACAUGGCAGCAUACCAAACACAAGAUCCUUUCUCCUCUAAUUUCUUCGAAAUUGUCAAGGUUGAAAGACAACACUUUCCAGGGAUUCCUUUGGUAACAAUAUACUACAUAUCUCAAACUCAGGGUAUGUUAUUUUUCCUUCAAAAUAUUAUCAAAAGAAAGGAUAUAUAUCACAAAGUAUGACGCAAGAUUCAGACAGGGAGUAAGAGAAGUAAAUUUAGACGAUAUAAUUAAAAUACACUCAUUUCUGUUCAUUUUCAGAGUUUCGGAUUUUUGGCGGUUGUAAAGUAAAAGAUGAUUGGGCAAGUAAUCGCACAAUAACGAUUGCGAUUCACCGGUUAGGACAGGAAGGAAAUACGUUUUCAAUAACUCGCCUCAACAAUGGAGGUACGCUCCAAAGUCGUAGAGAUGGUUUGGUGAUAUAG